AUGACCAUAAUUGCAGGUCCAGCCACAUACUCAAUCAUCGGUGAUGUCGGAUUAUCAGUAGAUCGUAAAACUGGCAUGAUCACUACAGCUACAGUAUUCGAUCACGAAGAGAGGCAGCUGUACAGCUUCAAGCUGAGAUCAACCUUCCAAUCUGGAGAAUUCAUUGAGCAUGAGGCCAUCUUGGUCAUUGAUGAUGAGAAUGAUUCGAAUAGUGUGCCGAAAUUUGACCGCGAUACCUACAGCAUCGAUAUUGCAGAAAAUGUGCAGAUUGGCACGGAAAUCAUAAGGCUGCGAUGGAGUGACCACGAUUUCAGUGAGUAA